UGGUACUCUGCGUCUUAAAGCGACGUUACAAAUUACGCCUUUUUUCAGCUGUCAGGCUUGUCGAAUUCGGAAUGGCAUAAAUUUGAGAAAUUUAAAAAAAUUAUGAGUACGAAGAUAAUACCAUUUAUCCUCCAAAUUGUUAUAUUGGUGCUAGCACUAAUAUGUACUAUCAUUAAUAGUGUGCAUUACGAAUUUCCCAGGGUUUUAUUGCCUUUCCUCUACCAACUUGAAGCAGUCGCCAUCACUUUUAUAUUCCUCGUUUAUUCCAUUGCAUCUCUUAUCGACAUUGGUGAGAAUUAUCCUUUAAUGCUCGUACUUGUCUCCCUUUUCCACGGUAUUCUGUUUUUGGCCGUCUCCAUUUCAAUGCUCAUGACAUUCUCUGCAGACACUAUUAUGGGAUUUGAGAGUGAUAUCUGGGGUCCUGAGAAGUCACUCUUUCUUGUCUCAGGAGGUUUUGGAAUUGCCACCAGCAUUGUACUCAUUGUAGCAGCGAUAUACUUCCUCAUUGAAUUCAGUUCUAAAGGAUUCGCAAGGACUGCAGGCACUCUUCCAAGGAAAAAAUAACCGCAACACGAGUCGUCGCCAAAACAAAAUAGUCUAUUCGAAGCAAAAAUUGUACUCUAGAACUGGUAAGGAUUUAAGUGUACUUUCGCACAUACAAUCGGGGAUAACACAAAGAGUCCUAAAUAAUUCCAUACAACUUGGAAUGAAAUUCUAUGUUUUCCUCACAUGGAAGGACAUUCUAAGGGUAUCUGAGAAUUAUUAAGAACUUGGCCCAGUUCGAAUUUUAUUUUCUGAUCGAUUCAUAGAUUUAUUACUCAAUGUGCAUUUUACCUGUAUCCUGAAUUUGAUGGUAUAUUUUGUAAUAAUAAAAUAUAAUAAUUACGACAAAGUA